CCUCUAACCUUUCGCAUCUCAAAGUUCGACUCCUGGGAAGAAAGCAAAACAGGUGAAACAAAGAUGGAGAAGUACCAGCAGAUCUGGCUAGUCUUAGGUAUCUUUAUCCUGUUCGCUGUAUCAGCCUUAGCUGACGACGUCGUUGUGCUAACAGAAGAUAACUUCGAGAAGGAGGUCGGUCAAGACAGGGGCGCUCUCGUUGAAUUCUACGCUCCUUGGUGUGGGCAUUGUAAAAAGCUUGCUCCUGAAUAUGAGAAACUUGGAACAAGCUUUAAGAAGGCAAAGUCCGUUUUGAUUGGGAAGGUAGAUUGUGAUGAGCAUAAGAGCUUAUGCAGUAAAUAUGGGGUUUCUGGAUAUCCAACAAUUCAAUGGUUUCCUAAAGGAUCUCUGGAGCCCAAAAAGUAUGAAGGGCCAAGGACAACAGAAUUGCUUGCAGAGUUUGUGAAUAAUGAAGGAGGGACCAAUGUAAAGAUAGCUACCAUGGCAUCCAAUGUAGUGGUGCUGACGGCCGAAAAUUUUAAUGAGGUUGUCUUGGAUGAAACCAAAGAUGUUUUGGUUGAGUUUUAUGCACCAUGGUGUGGCCAUUGCAAAAAUCUUGCUCCUACAUAUGAAAAGGUGGCCACAGUAUUUAAAUCAGAGGAACAUGUAGUGAUUGCCAAUCUAGAUGCUGACAGAUAUAGGGGCCUAGCUGAUAAGUUUGGAAUAAGUGGAUUCCCAACUCUUAAAUUCUUUCCAAAAGGCAACAAAGCUGGGGAAGAAUAUGAGGGUGAUAGAGAUUUAGAAGACUUUGUCAAUUUCAUCAAUGAAAAGUGUGGAACCAGUCGUGAUGGAAAGGGACAACUUACUUCAAAAGCUGGUAUAGUUGAAUCUUUGGAUGCCUUAGUAAAAGAGUUUGUUGCUGCCAGUAAUGAUGAAAAGAAAGCAGUGGUUUCUCGGAUAGAAGAGGAAGUUGAGAAACUUGAGGGUUCCACUGCAAGGCACGGAAAGAUUUAUUUGAAAGCUGCUAAGAACAGUAUGGCCAAAGGUCCUGAUUAUGCCAAAAAUGAAAUUGAGCGGCUGCAGCGCUUGCUUGACAAGUCAAUCAGCCCAGCCAAGGCAGAUGAAUUCACUCUUAAGAAGAAUAUCCUGUCAACAUUUGCUUGAUCUUGUGGACUAUUUCAUUUUAGUUAUAAAUACUUUUGGGGUUAGUCAUCAUUGGGUUUUGUGGCGAUUGGUUCCUUGCACCAGAAUAUCAAAAAGAGAAAGAAGUUAUGCCCACAUCAAAUGUUCACUUAGAAAUUCAUAGGGGGAAGGUUACUUCUCGCUCUUGCGGUAGCAAAAACCAUUUUGAGAACCUCUAGCGAGUGGAGUUAUUUUAUGUUUCCUUUAUAUAUUUACUUAUAUGAACAAUGACAGUAGAUUUAAUUUCUGAGAUGAAAUUAGAGAAGCUAGUCUUACUACUUAAACGUUGUUAAUCUACAACCGGAUGAGUUUUUCUUUAA